AUGUCGGUCCUUCCCGACCUCGCUGAAGGGACCAGCAGCGCUCUGGUUCGCCAAGCUAAACCUAACUCCAUAAGGAGCUUCACAGAGUUGGCCAUAGCUUUCGUAAGCCGAUUCCAAAGUAGUGUCAAACAAAAGAAGAUGGCUGCGAACUUGCUGGUAGUGAGACAGCGACCUGAUGAGUCCAUACGGGACUACAUCACUCGCUUUAAUGGGGAGGCCCUGGAGAUCAAGGAUCUAGAUGACGGCAUGGCUUUUAAUGCCCUGCACAACGGGGUGACCAACCAUGACCUGGUGAAAUCGCUCACCCUCGAACCAGUAUCCACCAUGGCUCAACUGCUAGACCGAUGCUAUCAGUAUGCCAAUAUGUUUGACAUUAUGAAGGCCCAGAGGACAGCUGAUCCCAAGGUGACAGAGAAGAAAAGGACGGGCGAGAAAGAAGAAAAGAAGGACAGCAAGAAGCAGAAAUCGGAUUGGUGCCAGGACCGAGACCAAAGUCCAGAUUACACGCCUCUGAACACCUCCAGAAUGAACAUCCUUAUGGAGAUCUAUGAUCGAGACCUACUGCAGUGGCCCAGACCAAUGUUCUCAAAGCCCGAGGAUAAGAACAAGAAGAAAUACUACAAGUUCCACAGGGAUGUCAGACAUGACACAGAGGACUGUCGACAACUAAAGAGAGAAAUUGAGGACGUGAUCCAAAAGGGGCACCUCCAGCGAUACGUCAAGGAAGAUAGGAAAGAUAACCCCUGA